GGCGGGUGUGUUCAGUGCGGUUGGCCGGUUCGAGCGCAAUGGCAGUAUCCUGCCCGGAAGUUAUGUACGGUGCAUACUAUCCUUAUUUGUACGGCCGUGCCGGACCAAGUCGACCAUUUUAUCAGUAUGAAAGGUUCAAUCAAGAUCUUUACUCAUCGUCCGGUGUGCCGCUGGCCGCAUCGUCUAGCACGUCGGCCGGAUCGCAUUCACCCUGCAGUCCGCUGUUACCUCCGUCGUUACCUUCGAACGUAGCGGCCGUGGCAGCCGCGGCACAGUCCAGCUCGGCCCUUACCUCCUCGGCGACGGUAACCUCCGUCAACCAGACCGCCAUACCGACCAUCCCGCUAGGUGCACUGCAGAGGCACAUUACCAAAGAGGAAGACAUCAGCACAGCCCGAAGUGACACGGAAGGAACCAUAUCCGGUGCGCACAACGAUAGUUCGUGCUCUUCCGGCCCCGACUCACCGCACAAUCUUAACCAGCAGCAGACGGAUGCGAGCGGGUUGGCAGCGGCCGCAGCAGCAGCCGUGGCCGGCGGUGGCAGUGGCGAAUCGUCCAGCGGUGGCAGCGGUCUGAUGGCCGGUGGAAGCGGUAACGGUCGGGCCCAGUACGUGUCGGCGACGUGUGUUGUGUUCACGCACUACUCGGGCGAUGCGGCGAGCGUGGUGGACGAACACUUUUCUAGGGCGUUAAAUUUUAGCGAUAAGAAUAAUAAAGCAGGAUACAGUUCGAUGUCGAGUAGAAACUUCCCUCCCUCAUUCUGGAACAGUAACUACGUUCCCCCAACACCUGCCCCAACGCAUCAUCAGGUUUCCGACCUUUACUCCACCGACGGUGGUUAUUCGACGGAUCCGUGGCAUGCGGCACACUACGGCUCGUACGCACACGCUGCCCAUGCGCAUGCCGCACACGCCCACGCGUACCACCACAAUAUGGCCCAAUAUGGCAGCUUACUGAGGUUACCCCAACAGUACGGACACACGUCCAGAUUACACCACGACCAACAGACGGCACACGCGUUAGAGAGUGCAGCGGCGUACACGAGCUAUCCAACGAUGGCAGGAUUAGAAGCGCAAGUACAGGAAUCGUCGAAGGAUUUGUACUGGUUCUAGAUAGUCAAACG